AUGACUUGUCAACUUCCGGCCACAACCGAGACUCUUUCCGGUGAGCUGCCAACUAGUGGCGAUUACCAAAAGGGCGUCAAGUACAUUACUGAUAUGUGGCCUAACUUACCCAACCUACCUUCAGAAUAUGUUUUGCCAUUAACCACUAAUCCAUUAUUAGUCAGCCAUGCUUCAAUUCCUGUCGUCGAUUUAAGUGGUCUCAAUGGAUCCGCUGAGUCUAGAAUGAGGACUAUUCAGGCCAUCGAUUCUGCCUGUGCCGAGUGGGGAAUCUUCGGGAUGCAACUGAAGAUAGCAAGUGCAUUAUCAGAAGCUUUAGGACUUGACGGUGAUUACAUAGAGAAGUCACUUGGAGGAGGUUUUCAAGUGGUUGGUUCUAAUUAUUAUGCUCCAUGUCCAGAGCCACACCGAACACUUGAGAUACCAGACCAUUCUGAUCAUGGUGGACUUACAGUUUUGAUGCAAAAUGAUGUUGAUGGCUUACAAGUUGAACAUGAUGGAGAGUGGGUAUCUGUUGGAAUAGUGCCAGGGUCUUUUGUUGUCAACAUAGGAGAUUACAUGGAGAUUUUGAGCAAUGGAUGGUACAAAACAUUGAAGCAUCGAGGCGUGACAAAUAAACAAAGAACGAGGAUAUCAAUAGCCGUGGGCAAUGGGCCUGCAUUGACCUCCACAGUUGCACCUGCAAGUCCACUGGUGGAUGAGAAGAAUGAGAUCAAAUGCCACAACCACAUCACCUACAAAGGGUACAUGGAACUACAUCAAAAUGGCACCACAAGAGGAAAAACCCCAAUGCAAGUCAUGAUUGACCUACAAGCCGACAAAUGA